UCUGAUUGAGCAACUUGUUUUACGCAGAGAGGAGGCUCGAAACCCGGCAGCUUUCAGCAGUUAAGAGUCUGCCUCACGAUUCACCCCAGCCAGCAGUUUCAUUUCACCAAGAUGAGACCAUGUUUGCACUUUCAGAAAGGGAAAUAACAACGUUCACAAUUGCAGCAGCGUGAUUUGAAAGCUCCCCAUGUCUCUCACUCUGUUUCUGAAGAAGGUUUCUAACCUGAGUGGGAAGUAUGACCGCCAGGUUCAUAUCACAUUCCGAGGUUAUACACACUUGACUAGGAAAGUGAAAUGUGAAUAUGAAGCUGUCUUCAAUGAGGAAUUCCGUUGGCCUCAUUAUGGACAAGACAUUAUUGAAGAGAUGCUGGAGAUUCGAGUUUAUAACCACAGCAAACUCUUCAGCAACAGGCUGUUGGGGCAAUUACAGAUUAGUCUUCAGCAGGUGGCAAAAACUGGUCAAUUAGUUCUAAAGGAAGCUCUUGUUGACAAGAAGAAUUCUCUGACCAAUAUAUUGGUGGAUUUGGAAGUCCGAUACCAGCCGGUCGAGGGAGUUGUGGGAUCAUGGACUGAAAAUGAUUUUGUGGUCGAUAUAAGCGACAGGGAAGCACUUAUUAUCCAGAAUGAGGGCUAUCGAUCGCAUGAGUACUCAGAACUGGAUAAAGAGGAUCAGUUGGAUAAAAAAACAAGAGCUCUUGGACGGAAGUUAGUGAACACCGAUAGCACUGAAGAUGAUGAUGAUGUCGAUAUUUCAGAAGUUGAUAUCAGUUCCGUGUCUUUCACUCCACAGAAAAGUCGCUGUAGAUUUUUCACCCGCAUGGAACUAGACGCGCCCAGAAUACAGAAUUUCCAGAUAACAAUCAAUGUACUUGAGGCACGAAAAUUAAUUGGAGUCAACAUUGACCCAGUGAUUUAUGUGAAGGUGGGAGAUGAAAAGAAGCACACAGCAACUCAGAAAUCCACUAACUGCCCAUUUUAUAAUGAGUAUUUUGUUUUUGAAUUCCAAGAGCCACCAGCUGUCCUGUUUGAUAAAAUAAUUGAAAUUAAAGCUAUUCAUGCAAAAAAAAUUCCAUUCACUGGAGUUCAGCUGGGAACAUUCAAGAUUGAUGCAGGGACUGUCUAUCAACAGCCUGAUCACAAGUUUUUUCAGAAAUGGGCAACUCUAACUGACCCUAAAGAUACAAAAGGUGGCAUAAAAGGAUUUGUAAAAUGUACAAUUACUGUCAUGGGGAAAGGAGAUUUACAAGGCUGUCUCCCUGUCACUAGUCAGGAUGAAGAUGUUGAAAAGAAUCUUCUACUUCCAAAACAAAUGCCAGCUGAGAGACCUUGGGCAAAGUUCUUCAUCAAAGUGUAUAAAGCGGAAGAUCUCCCCAGUAUGAAUUCAGGAAUAAUGGGAAGCUUCUCAAAAAUUCUUGGAGAGCAUAAAGUUUUCAUUGAUCCUUACGUUCAAGUUAGCUUUGCGGGACAGCAGGGAGAGACAACAGUGGAAAGCAACACGACAAAACCAGAAUGGAAUGAACAAAUCACUUUCAUUGAGAUGUUUCCCCCACUUGCACGACGUAUCAAAGUUCAAGUCAUUGACGAUGCUAAAAUUAAUGAUGUUGCUGUUGCAACUCAUUUCAUCAAUUUGGAACAAAUAUCAGAUGCUGGGAUUAAUGCUGGAUUCCACCCGACCUUUGGCCCCGUGUGGAUUUACCUCUAUGGCUCACCUCAGAACUCAGUGCUAAUGGAUGCUCACAAGGACAUGAAUGAGGGCCUGACAGAGGGGAUAUUUUAUAGAGGCCGACUACUUAUUGCAGUGUCAGUGGAGGUUUACAGUUCAAUUUCAGCAAUUCACAGCACCAAAGACAAAAGUGCAAAGAGUGUCUUGAGCAAAUUCAAGCUGAAAACUAAAAGCAAGAAAUCAAAAUCCAAGUCUAAGAUUAAAGAGGAGAGCAGCAGCCAAACCGAAAGUGAAGGUGGUGCAAAUCCCCAAGAACAGCCGAGUGCAGUAGAGGUUGAGGUUGAAGAAAUUCAUCCAGUCCCAGAGUCUAUUGCAGGGGAGAAGGAGGAAUUCCUGCUGUUUGCUUCAUUUUUUGAGGCAACCAUGAUCGACUCUUCAGUGGGGUCGCGGGCUCUCACCUUUGAAGUGUCCAUAGGUAAUUAUGGGAAGUUGGUAGAACUUGUCACCAGAAAGAAAAAAGAAGGAAAGGUGGAUGACAAUGAGGAGAAGAGAUCUUUACUGGACACAAGAGAUUCAGAUGACGAGCUAGAGAAUACUGAAAUCAGUUUACCUCCAAAACAAAACUCAAUUACACCACCUACAAAAGCAGAAUACACAGAAUUUGACAGAUCAUAUUGUUGUAUUCCGUAUCUGUACGAGAAACCGUGUGUGUAUGUAUGGAGUUCUUGGGAAGACUAUUCCUGGCGCUUGUAUAAUUCCAAUCUCCUUGCAAAGAUAGCAGAAAGACUGGAGGAUGGUCUUGAUGAAGUGGCUCACAUGAUAAAGAGACCAAAGUCAGAAGCACACAUUCAACUUCAACAAAUCUUGAAUGAGUUUGUUGCUGGAUGCAGGCAAUACCACAUCUACGCUGAAAAGAAAACUACAAGCAGACCCAACAAUUUGGAUAGAUGUCGGAUUAAGUCCUUAAAGCAUAAUAUUAUUAUCCAUGCAAAGCAGGCACUUAGAAUUAUGAAGAGAUUGAACAAGAAAAAUGUAAAGGAGCAACUCCGUGAAGCACAAAAGCUACUGGAGAAAAUCAAAAUGCGAGUGGAGGAGCCACAAACACCAGUCCCGGAUGUCUUUAUCUGGAUGCUGAGCAAUGGCAAGCGUUUAGCGUAUGCACGUAUUCCCGCCCGACAGAUUCUUUACUCAGUGGCAGAGGAAGAGAAGGGAAAAGACUGUGGGAAAAUUCAAACCAUCAUCAUGAAGGCACCAGGUGCACCUAUUGGGGAGAUUUUUGCAAAACUGGAGCUUUACAUGUGGCUGGGAGUUACAAAAUCCAUCAAAAGCAACAUAAGCAGUCUGCCUCAAGAGUUUAUUCCAGUCUAUGAGGAGAGUGCAAGGAGAACAGAAACUUCUCCACCACUGCCACCGAUCAAGCUGAACAGUGACUACAGUAGUUAUUUCCAGUUGCGAGCCCACAUGUAUCAAGCUCGAGGUGUCCUUGCAGCCGAUGAUACUGGAUUAUCUGACACUUUUGCAAGAGUUGUAUUUUCAACUCAAUGUCAAUCAACCAGGUAUCUGGAAGAAACACUUUCCCCAUUGUGGUCUGAGAUGUUGUUGUUCGAUCAAAUCCUGAUAGAGGGGAGUAAGGAUGAACUGAAAAAGGAUCCACCCAUUAUCAUCAUCAAUAUCUUUGACUAUGACAGUUUGGGAAGUCCAGAGUUCCUAGGACGAGCUUUCGCAGCUCCCAGCGUUAAGCUGCAAGGUGAAAGUUAUGUGAGACCUCCAUUAAAGUUUCAUGACAUUUACAGAGGCCAGACAAUGGGUGGUGAACUGCUAGCAGCUUUUGAACUGAUAGAAUUGGAUUACAGUGGCUAUGGAGAGCCAUCUCUCCCAGAUGAUGUGGAAUCGAAGGAUCCGGAAUAUCUUGAUGAACAGAGGAAAUAUUUCAUUAUUCCUGCAGGAAUUCGGCCAAAGCUCAAGACGUUCAGAAUUGAGGUUCUGUUCUGGGGUCUCAGGGAACUGAAACGUAUAAAUCUUUUUGAAGUGGAGCAACCACAGGUGACAAUAGAAUGUGCAGGUCAGAAAGUCGAGUCUGAAAUCAUUACAAAUUACAAGGAGAAUCCUAACUUUGAUGAACUUGUGAAGUAUUUUGAAGUGGACCUCCCAGAGCAGAUGUACCUGCACCCACCACUCAGCAUCUUUGUAGUGGAACAGCGUGCAUUUGGACGCACUAUCCUUGUGGGCUCAUAUACAGUCACAAGCCUGCAACAAUUUUCCCUGAAGGAAUUGGAGGAGAAUCCAGAACCCGAGCAUGAUGAUCCCAAAACCAAAAAAAAGGAACUCACAAGCCCAUUUUCCAAAGACAACAUACAGGCUCAAGUCAUCAUCUCUGUUGACCCAGAAGUGGCAUUAUCUGAGAAUAAAAAGCGACCGCUGGAUGUUCUGAAGUCACCGAUGAAGAAACUGCCGCUGAAAACAAAAUUGCUAAAAGACGAGCCUGAAGAGUAUGAAGAAAAGAUUGAGCCUGAAGAGCUGGAUUGGUGGUCAAAAUAUUAUGCGUCGCUGGAGGAGAUGAAGGAAAAAGAACAUAAAGAAGAAGAAGCUAAUGAACAAGAUGUUACUCAUCUUAAUAUGCCAACAUUUGAUGAGAUAGAAGAAGAAGCCAAUAGGACAGAUGAGCAGGUGACCACAACAACCAAGAAAACCAUAGCAACAUUUCAGAUUUUCAACAUGGAACUGGAGACAGAAUUCUUUAACUUUGAAGAUUGGCUCUAUAUCUUCCCUCUGUACCGGGGUAAAGCCAAUGAAAAUGAAUUUGGAGAUAAAGUUGAUGAUCGAAGUAUGGGCAAAUACAAGGGUUCCUUCCUAAUCUACCCAAAUGAUGAAGUGGAAGCUAACUUUAAGAUAUCCCAGGGUAUCCCAAAGAACAGACCAAUCAAAGUUCUUGUCAGGGUUUAUGUGGUGAAACCCAAACCUGGCUAUUGUCGAGGUCUUGGUAUAUUUGGUCAUAGACAACUUCAACAAGGUUACAAUGCAUGGCGUGACUGCCUGAAGCCUUCCCAGAUCUUAACAAAACUGUGUAAAGAUUUACAACUAUCGGAACCUGAAUAUAGAAUUGGGGAAGUGAAAGUCAACAACAAAAUAUUCAAGAUUCCCAGUGACUCACAACCAAUGGGGAAUAACAAGAAAGGAUCAAGUCCUAUGAUGACUGAUGAGCAGAAGGCUCUGUAUGUCUUAAGGCACUGGGAGGAAAUGCCAGAAUAUGGUGUCAAACUGGUACCUGAACACAUAGAAAUCCGGACUCUUCAGAAAUCUGAAAACCCAGGGAUGUCAAAGGGCCAAGUUCACAUGUGGGUCGAUAUGUUUCCAGUUGACCUACCUGCACCUCCUCCUGUCAAUAUUAAACCCCGCCAACCAAUCAGUUAUGAACUAAGAGUCAUUAUCUGGAAUACAGACGAUGUGGCACUUGAUGACGUGAAUCCGCUGACAGGAGACCGAUCCAGUGACAUCUAUGUCAAAGGUUGGUUAAAGGGUUUAGAAGAUGAUAAACAAGAGACUGAUGUCCAUUUUAAUUCUCUGACUGGAGAGGGAAAUUUCAACUGGCGCUUUGUCUUCCGCUUUGACUACCUGCCAACAGAGAAAGAGAUUGUUUAUAAGAAGAAGGAAUCCAUUUUCUCUUUGGAGGAGUCUGAGUUUCGACAACCUGCUGUUCUCAUGCUCCAACUUUGGGAUUAUGACUUGAUUUCUGCGAAUGACUUUCUGGAUUGCAGGAAGCUUGUGAUUGCACGAGAGAGUGUUCAGAUGAGAUUGACCAAGAUGUUUCCUGAACUGGACCAUUCCCUCGAUGAAGAUGGACGAAAAGGUAAAUUAGAGGCUGAAAUGCAUUUGUUGACUGUGGAGGAAGCUGAAAAACGCCCCGUUGGCCUUGGACGGAAGGAACCUGAACCACUUGAGAAGCCCAAUCGACCAAACACAUCCUUUAACUGGUUCAUGAACCCUCUGAAAUCCUUUGUCUUCUUUAUCUGGAAAAACUACAAAUGGUAUAUCAUUGGCCUGCUGGUCAUAGCCAUCCUGGCUCUCUUCAUCUUUCUCAUCCUUUACACAAUGCCACAAUUUAUCAGUGAGAAGAUUAUCAAUGGCUGAUACAUUCAU